UUCGGCAGCUGCUGUCUCCUUCCUUGGCUCUGCCUUCAUCCUCGACGAGCUCUUCACAUCCAAGCAAGCCUUGUCCAGCAUCAGCAGAAAAUCGCGCACGAUCACAAAAAGGUGGGACCCCUCUUCCCUCCCGGCCCUCCCGUGGAAAUAAUCCCCCGUGCUGCGCACCAGCGCCGUGAUCCUACGUUCCUCGUCUUUAAGCCAGUUAAUAUCCGACUCACACUGGCCCACGAAUCCAGUCAGCGCCUCUCGAAACCCUCCAUCUUCUUCUUCAACCCCUUUAAUCUCCGCCUCCAGAAAAAUCUUGGUUUGCUCGAGGGCCAGCCCGAGUCGAUGUGCAAGAUCCUCGGUUUUCACGCUCGACAAGCUUCGGCUUUCUUGGAGGCGACGGGCGGCUCGAAUGCCCUCCGAGCGGAUAAUCUCUCGGACUACAAAGUGGAGGAGUGUCGUUUUACCGUCCGUGCCCUUAACGUCCGAGAGCUUGAGGAGAGUGUCGAGCUUGAACGCUUGUGCUCCGCCGCGGUACGUGCCGUCGUUCAUGCGAUUGCCCGUUUUCAGAACAGCUUC